ACGUUAAUUUUUUUUCUAGUUUUUAUUUUGUACAAGUACUUGUUUAUACUUCCAAGAUUUGCUUAAACACUUGGAUAGCGUAUUCAAGGGAGGAUUUUGGCCCCUUCAAGCUAGAAAUGACAAGUUUUCAUGUGGGUUUUGGGAUUCUUGUCGCUGUAAGCGUAGAACUUGAAGUUGGGUGUGGGAUAAAUUCUCAUCUGCUGUUUUCUUACCAAUGGGUUGAUUUCAAUUUCUAAAAAAUGAUGCAGCUUCUGUUUGCGUUCACUGAUUGGGUUACCACUUGCUGCUGCUAAUUGGUAGAGUUAACACGUAUUUAAGUAAUAACCAUGUUGAAGCAAUCACCCAGUAGGAACCAGAGGUCAAAAGGCUUCAAGGUGAAGCAUGCUCUUCAGAUAUUUCUGCUGCUUGCUAUUUGCAUCUGGUUGCUUUACCAGCUCAAGCACUCCCAUGAUAAGAAAGCAUAUGAAGAGAGCUCUGCAAAGAUUUCGGGAAAGAUGCAGAAUGGGCAAGAAACAAUAAAACUUGGGAGGCGUAGCCUCCAUCCUCGGGUGGAGGAAACUUCCUUGGAUAUUGGAAGGCAUAGGGAAAAAGAAGAAGAAUCUGAAGAAGAGGUAGAUGAGAGUAAAGAUGAAGAAAGUGAGGAGGAAGGAAGAGGUGCUGAAGAUGAUGAAAUAGACGGGCAUGAUCAAGAGAGAGCUGAGGACGAGUCUGAAGGGGUAGAGGAUUUGAUUGAUGAAGAAGAUACGGAGAGGGAAGAGGAAAGUGAAGAGAAGGGAAAUGAUUUGGAGAUUCCCAGAUUGCUAGAGGAUCAAGCCCAAAAUGAAGAUGCAAGGAACACCCAGGAGGCCAGAGAGGAACAGUACAAGGGUGAUGAUGCAUCCAGUGCUGUGAAACAGAACACCCAAAAACUAAGCAGUGAAAUUGAAGUCGGAAGCUUGAGAAAAGUGAAGGAAGAAGAGGUAGAUAAAGAGAAUAAAACCAAUGGUAUCCUAGAUUUUAGAGUUGAUACAGAUGAUUCAGGCCCUAAAUUUGGUAAUAUUGGCACAGCUAAAUAUGCUGCUGUUGACAAUGCUGUGUAUGGUGGCGAAAGAGGUAAUCAUUUUGGUUCGUCCAACUUAGAUGUUCAGGCAUUUACUAAUUCAUCAAUCAACACGAUUGAACAAGCAAAAAUGAGCAAUGAUUCGACGGUGGCGCUGGUUGAAUUCGCUGAUUCUCUUGAUGGAACAGAGAUGUUACCAAAGUUGUACAAGGAUGCAAGUCUAACUUCUAGCCGAAGGCACUCAUACUUGGAAGCUGUUUCGGGGAAGGAGAACGAAAACCCCAAAUCCAAGGAUAUGCAGUUAGGUUCCAGUAUGACAUUAUCUGCAACUGAGAAUUUAGAUGCACCCAAGCAAGAAAUGAAAGUUUCUAUUGGUUCUGAAACAGAAAGUGUUGUCGUAUCAGAAGCAAUUGCAGAUCUUGAGAAAAGCUCUGCUCCUAAAACCACCAAUGAGAAUGACCAGGAAGUUGCUAAUGUGUAAGUCUCAUGCAUAUGGUAGGGUGAACAGAGCAGUGGAAAGUUCAAUGCUAUUGACAACCAAUGAAAAUGGAGAUGCUGUACAAAAUGAAUCACGAUCUUUGGGUUCUUCAUAGAGAUGAUUACCCAAUCUUGGAGACUUUUACCUACGAUUGUCAGACCCGGAGCAAACGACAUUGGAGGUAUAGCUGAGUGAUCAUUUCUGGUUACCAUGUUGGGUUUUCCCUUGGAUGUUCAAUAGCAUACAUGAUAGUAAGGUAGAUGAUCAACUGUAUAGAUCUUUUUCUCUGAUGCCUAGAUGAUGUGAUGCUAUCAAUUACCCGUGGCAAUAAGUUUACGCAAAUUAGAAAAUUCAAACAUGUACUUAAGUGUUACGUAUCUAAUAAUUUUUGAAGUAUCAAACUGAUCUGUAGAAUCAAAAGUUCUACCUAUUACCUUCCA